AUGGCCGAAGACACAGAGAAUUCAGAGAUCAACAAUCCACAGCGGAAACCAUCAUUUGUGGAAGUGAUAUGUAUGAGUUCCGGCAAGACCCGGCGGUUUGCUGCGGAGACUGAGGCGGGUUUUGCCGUAAAUUUGAUAAAUAAAAAUCUGCUCAGUGAUGGUAGUGGUGGUGGGAACAUUCCGCUGGCAUCCCAUAUUGAGGCAAUCAAAGAAGGGGAGGAAGAGGAACCCGUUAGCUUUGGCCCUAGAUCUGUUCUUGUAGACUAUGGGCCCGGUUGGAAAUUGCAAACUGUUGUUGAACAAAAUGAUGAUGUGACUGGAGUACACGUUCGCCCUACAAGAGUACGGAAAGCAUAUACCAAGGGUGUUGAUGAAUCAAAUUCGAUGAAGGGACCGUCACAAUCAGCUUUUAGUAUACUGUACAUUGGAAAAAUAUUGUUUGCUUUUCUUCUAUUGUUUGUGUUUGGUGCCAUUUUCACGUUACUUUUGGAAAACCUUCCACAGUUAAUCUUGUAUAUCAACUCAUCAGUAUGA